AUGUGGACCCCCACUGUAAUCAUUGCGGAAAGGGACAUAGUGGCCAUCCUGCUAGAGGUGCACAAUCUGACAGCAAUCAUAGUCUCCGUGUACUCUCCGCCAAAGGCAGAUAUCGAAAACAGUAUCUUGCAAAUGCAACAACUGAUGCGAGAGCAAAAAAUAGACAACGUGUUGAUUGCGGGAGACUUUAACUGUCAUAGUACAACAUGGGGAUAUGCUACCACAGAGCCAAAGGGACGUACCCUGGAGGAUUUUAUUUCAAGCAACAACCUGAUCUUGCAUAACCAGCAAGAUGCGCCACCGACUUUUGAUCGCGUCCACUCAAGAGGGUGGCCGGACCUUACAGUCUCGACCCUUCAAAUGGCACAACUAGUACAAGAUUGGAUGGUCGUGGAAGGCGUAAGCCUUUCCGACCACAAUUACAUACGAUUCACCAUUGCCAGAGCCACAGAAACAACUAUCAUCAGAAGGUACAACCUACCAGGUCGCAAGGUCAGGUCAUUCGUUACAGCUAUCAAAUCACGCCUGGCACCCUUUAGCAAUCGAAUUGAGCAAGCAACCACUAGAGAGGAACUACAUGUACUCACGAGUGAACUGAUGUCAACCAUUAGGACGACUUGUGACGACAUCCUACCAGUACGAACAAUACGACGGGUCACCACAUUAAACUGGUGGAAUAGCCAAUUACGCGCGCAACAGCAAAUGUGUCGUGCCUUAAGACGACGGCUAAAAAGUGAGCGACGACUGAGCAUCACCUCUAACACACUCACUAUAUAUCAGAAGGAAAGGGCCCAAUACAAAAAAAAAUGA